AUGAUACUCAAUCGAAUACCACCAAAAAUAUUGUGUCGUUGUUUAAAUAUCAAUUCUAGAGCUACACAAAAUAUUACCCAUAUUGCGCUUAGACCUAUUACCUAUACUUCAGAAAAUGCAGAAGCUGUGGACUUGGCUUAUGCUUCUUACGAAAGUACGGGUGAAGUAGAGCAUACUAUGCCUCCUCUUGUUAUAUUACAUGGUUUGCUGGGCUCUAAAAAUAAUUGGAAUAGUAUGAGCAAGGCUAUCCACAGGACGACAGGUAGGAAGGUGAUCAGUGUUGAUGCUCGGAAUCACGGUGAUAGUAAGCAUUCUUUACAACAUACUUACAUACACAUGGCGCACGAUGUGAUCAAGCUGCUAAAAAAGUUGGAGCUUACAAAGGUGUCGAUAAUGGGCCAUAGUAUGGGUGGACGCACUGCCAUGGUAUUGUCACUACUCUGUUCUGACAUGGUAUCUAGCCUCGUUGUGGUUGACAUAUCACCGAUAAAAACAAGUCCACAAAUCUACUCUAUGGCCAAUUUGUUUGAUGCUAUGAGUUCAGUUGCGAUCCGACCCGGGAUAGCUAUGUCUAAAGCUAGGAAGUUAGCAGAUGAACAGCUGAAAAGCAUAACACCAGAUUUAAAUUUAAGAAAUUUCUUGAUUACUAAUUUAGUACAGACUAACACAGGAUCUUAUACUUGGAGAGUAAAUAUAGGAGCAUUAAAGGAUAAUUUCCAAUCGCACAUAUCAUGUUUUCCUUCAAAUUUGAGAGGACUUCAGUAUGCUGGGCCUACUUUGUUUGUGGGCGGAUCCUUAUCUGACUAUAUAGGAAAAAAUGACCUAAAAGAAAUACAAGACUACUUUCCACUAGCUGAGUUGGUGUUCAUUGAAGGAGCUGGACAUUGGGUACACAGUCAGAAACCAGAAAAAUUCUUAGAAAUAGUCUGCAAAUUUUUAAAAGAAAAAUAA